GGUGAUGACAAAUGAUGGAAAAAUUGUAAUUCUGGAAAUAAAAUAGUUAAUAAUUCUCUCAGAUCUUCACAAAAGGAGUGGACCGCGUAUGUUAACGGAGGCGGGAGCGCGCAACAGUAGACGCGCGCGCCACACGGGAGCGCGCUAUUCAGCUUGAAAGUCUCAGAACUGUUCAGUCUCACUGAACACUGACUUGUCAUCUUCAUGGAGUUUCCCUCAGGAAGAAGAAGAAGAAGUCAUUGUGUUUUUCGGCUUCAAAGAUGCGCGGUGUUUGGAGACUCCGGCGGGGAGGUUUUUUUUUUCCCGCCGCGCGCUGAAGUUAACGCUCCCCUGAAGGGAUGAAAACUCUCCUGUCAUCUUCGGCAGCGGGAAAAGCUUCACACGAUGACUUCAGACCUGUUGCUGCUUCGCCAAAUGUCCUCGAUCUGACCAUGGUUACCUGCUUCAAUACCUCCGGCUCCAACGGCACGACCGUCAGCCCGGCGGAGGCUCCGUUUCCCGGCUACACGAUGGUGAUUCUGGCGAUACUGAUGGCAACUCUGGUGGUCGUGGUGGUGGUGGGAAACGCGCUGGUUAUUCUCGCUUUUGUCGUGGACAAGAGCCUCAGAAACCAGUGCAAUUACUUCUUCCUUAAUUUGGCCAUCUCAGACUUCCUUGUUGGAGCUUUCUGCAUCCCGCUCUAUAUGCCCUACAUUUUGACGGGCAGAUGGAUGCUGGGUCGUGGACUCUGCAAGCUGUGGCUGGUGAUGGACUACUUGUUGUGCACGGCGUCUGUCUUCAACAUUGUCUUAAUCAGCUAUGAUCGGUUCCUGUCUGUAACCAGAGCUGUGCGGUACCGAGCCCAGCAGGGCGUCACGCGUCUGGCAGUCCUCAAGAUGUUGGCGGUCUGGGUUUCGGCAUUCCUCCUCUACGGCCCGGCGAUAAUCUUCUGGGAGCUGCUGGUGGGCGAAAGCAUCGUUCCAGAGGAUGAGUGUUUCGCUGAGUUUUACUGCACGUGGUACUUUCUGCUCUCAGCAUCCACCUUUGAGUUCUUCUCUCCAUUCAUCUCAGUGGCCUUCUUCAACUUCAGCAUCUAUCUCAACAUCCAGCGCAGAAACCGCAGUCGGAUGGCGCACGUGGAGGCGGAGAAAGAGGACGGCUGGAGGGUUAUCGACGGACAAACUUCGUCAGUGUUUUUCGUUAAAACACGUAAAGUGUCGUCGAGUGAACCGGCGGCGGUUUCUGCCGUAAUCGAAGACGACGAAGAAGUUUCGCCAUCAUCCAGUGGUGAUCCCAGCAGCACACAUUCGGUUUCUUUAACGAUGAAGACUACGAUUAAAAAACGAGGGUUGUUCGGGGGUUGGGUUCGGACGCGGAUUAUUCGAGCGCAGGAAGUGACGAAUCCCUGUGCGCCUUGCCGAAGCGGCGGACACGCACGUCUUUCUAGAGAUAAGAAGAUUGCAAAGUCGUUGGCGGUUAUUGUGUGUGUUUUCGGGGUGUGUUGGGCACCGUACACACUCCUGAUGAUCAUAAGGGCAGCCUGCAGUGGUAGCUGUGUGGAGCAUCAUUGGUAUGAAGUCACAUUUUGGCUUCUUUGGCUUAAUUCGGCCAUCAAUCCCUUCCUGUAUCCACUGUGCCACAGCAGCUUUCGGCGAGCGUUCGCUAAGAUCCUGUGCCCAAAACGGCAGUCUGUUCAACCGCACGAGGAAAGCCCUUCAUGCCCAUGACAGUCUGACAGGGAUUUUAACACUGGAUAUUGAAGGAUCAAGUAAAACGUUGACGCACAAGCGAAUGAAAAACCCCAGUUUCAUUAUUUUAAUGGUGUAGCAUGUUUUGUUCUUCCUGACAUAACUCAUAGUUGAUCUUUUAUUCCAGUUCAGCACAUCCACGAUGUUGUUAAACAUUCGCCUUUUGUCUUGACGAAAACGAAGGGAUUAGGGCUGUGCAAUUUGACAACAUACAGUGGUCAACAUUUGAAGACAAGAACGGGUGUUGUUCGAUAGACAACUUUGAUGGUUCACUUUUAAUGUUGACUACUAUAUACAAUCGUAUUGACCUUAUUCUUCACGUACGAGGAGACGCCGCCAUUACAAUCUUUUUGGCUCGAGACUUCCGCUCUCCUUCACUUCCAUGGUUUUUAGACGUUAAAGGCAGCUCGUUGUUGCAAACUGAUAUUUUCUUCUUAUAUUAUUUUAAUUUUAUGUAUAGUCAUGAACACAAUUGUUUGUAAAGGAAGAAGCCGUCUGUUAUUAUUUCUAGUCAUUUCACUUAUAGGAAACUAAAUCGGAGGUUCUAAAACCUACAUAGGCUCAUUCUGAAAACGUAGCCCUAUAUAAUUUUCUGGAGAUCGUGAAUUAUAUUGCUAGAGAUAUGCAUGGCUGCAUUUUAUCUUAACGAACGCUAUGGGGGCCGUAUGACGGGAUAGCUUUUCCGCUCUUUCCAGUUUGUUCAGUAGCUUGACAUGUACAUCAGCAGACUUGAAAUGCAGAGCGGUGUUGACCACGACAAAGGGGUUCGAAUCCGGUGAAUAUCGGUUCCAGAAAGCAGGCGAGACAAAAACAAAAGCUAAAAAAUAAUAUAAA